AUGUCACCUUUAGCAGAAAAUAAAACUGAAUCGAAACAAAAUUCUCGUAUUGUACGAGUUCGUGAUUUACCUAUUUAUUAUGAUAUAAAAAAUGAUGAUAGUUAUCGACGUGCUUCUCAAACAAAUGAUGAUCAAUCAAAAAUAAACAAUAAUAACAAUUGGCUGUAUUCAUUUGUUAGUCAAAUGAGACAAUCAAUACAACAAACAUGGAAUAAUAAUAAGGAGUUUCGCUUAAGAAUUAUUCGUGGUGUAGAAACUGGAGAAGCACAUGCAAAAGCAACCAUUGAUUAUAUUCAUGAUGACGAAACACUUCUUCCUAAAGUCGGCGUUGUUACUAUAGCUGGUCUUGGUGGUCUUCUUCUUGGUCAUAAAGGUGGCCCAAUAAGAAAAACAUUCUAUUCAUCAGUCGCUGGUAUCGUUGCAUUAAGUGCUUGCUAUCCAAAACAAUCAGCAAAUGUACUUGAUCAAGUUUAUAUUAAAAUAAAAAAUCAAUCAAAAAAUCUUUUUGAUAAUGAAACAAAGUCCAAUUUACCAUGGGUUUUACAAAAUAAACAUCGCGUAUUCCAUACAACGAAAACAGAAAAUGAAUCAACCAUUACUAUCAAAGGUGACUACGGACAAGGUACACCAGGUGAUCAACAUUUUUAUACAACACGUGGUACAACAUCGGUAGAUACCGAAAAGAAAAUGUAA